AUGACGGGGAAGCAAGGCGCCGUGCUGUCGGAAAGUUUAAAUUUGUCGGAGAAAACCUCUCUGGGUGCUAAUGGAGGGAGUAACAGCCUCCAGCCGAAGAGCAGCGCGACCCAUCCGCCGCCCAGGUGCACCGGCUUUGGCAUCCAGGAGAUACUGGGGCUCAAUAAAGAGCCGUCCGCGGCCCCGAGGAGCCCUCUGGGCACGCUGCCGGCCGGGGCUCACCUCAUCGCCGCCAGGUCCGUGCUGGGCCCCGCCGGCGUGGGUAUGGGUGUCGGGAUGGGAUUACUCGGCCCUGGUGGAAUUCCGUCGUUUUACAGCCAGCCAGCGUUUCUGGAGACUGUGCUGUCGGACGCACAGGAUGUUCACCUGCAGCCCCACAGCAGGUCCGUGGGGCCGCUGGACACCAGCCAGUCAGCCAGCUCAGACUCCGAGGAUUUAUCUUCAAAUGAACGAAAACUCUCAAAGUCAUCUGUAAAUCAGAGCAAGAAACGCAAGAAACGACGUCACCGGACCAUAUUCACCUCAUAUCAGCUGGAGGAGCUGGAAAAGGCCUUUAAUGAAGCGCACUACCCGGAUGUUUAUGCCCGAGAGAUGCUGGCCAUGAAAACAGAACUACCUGAGGACAGGAUACAGGUAUGGUUUCAGAACCGCAGAGCUAAGUGGAGGAAGAGGGAGAAAUGCUGGGGCCGCAGCACUGUGAUGGCUGAGUAUGGGCUGUAUGGAGCCAUGGUGAGGCAUUCAAUCCCUCUGCCGGAGUCCAUCCUCAAGUCUGCCAAGGAUGGCAUCAUGGAGUCCUGCGCCCCCUGGCUGCUCGUCCAAGAUGGCUUACCAAUCAACAGACGCAAUUCUAAAUCUGAAUACCCGCAACUCUUUGCAGGGAUGCACAAAAAGUCCAUGGAGGCAGCUGUUCCCCCGCCAACAGGAAAGUGCGACGCUCCCCAGCAGCCCAGCUCUCAGAGGGCAGAAGACGCUGAGGCGGAGGAAAAGAGGUCAGAAGGCAAGUCCACCAUUUCUAAAGAGGAACUGAGAGAGAACAGCAUUGCUGCACUCAGGGCCAAGGCACAGGAGCACAGUGCCAAAGUGCUGGGGACGGUUUCUCAUGACAGACUGCAGGAGGGCAAACAGGAGAGACAGGCGGCCGAGGAGAAAGCCAGUGAUCCCCUGAGUCCAGCAGAGGAGGAGAAAAGCCCAUAG